AUGGAUUAUCCGAUGCUAAUUGGGCAGGUGAUACUGAUGAUUUUAAUGGUGUUGCUCGCUCCUCAACAGAGGCUGAGUACAGAUCAGUUGCAAACACAGCAGCGGAGUCUUCCACUCAAGAAUAAAACAUAUUGCCUAGAUUAUCACUUUGUGAGGAACCAAAUACAAGCUGGAAUGCUGCAAGUCUCUCAUGUAUCGACCCAUGACCAGCUUGCUGAUAUGCUGGCAAAACCACUUCUAAGAUCACGGUUGAACUCUGCAUGUUCCAAGAUUGGAGUCUUCAAGAACCCUCCAUCUUCAGAGGGCAUAUUAGCCAAAUAUAGACCACAAGCAUCUACUCUACCAGCUUCAAAACAAGGCCAUCUGGAGGAUAUUCAAAGCAUAGCUAAAGGAUCUUACCGCUUUAAAGCUAUCAAUCGAACAGCAAAUGGAAUAGCGGAUAAUUUAGCAAAGGAAGCAAGAAUCAAAUUGCUCCCAUAUGUUGUUUCAUGGCUUUUCUGA